AUGGCUUCGCCCAACAAACCGGCGUCAGAGCCCAACAUCGACAACAAGAUGGCCAAGGGGAGCCCCAGGGCUGGUGCCAUGGACCGCCAAGAGUCCCCACCGCCUGGCCACUUCGCACGCAUCCGUGAGCUGUCACCCUUCGCGGCCUCGGAACUGCCGACGCUUCAUGACAUGGCGGCUGAGCUGUCGACGAAGGCGACCGAGUUCUCAGCCAAAGCCCAGGCAACUGCCACGGAGCUGUCGGCCAAGGCCACAGAGUUCUCGGCCAAAGCCCAGGCAACUGCCACGGAGCUGUCCGCGAGAGCACAAGCAACGGCCACAGAGCUCUCGGCCAAGGCACAUGAGCUGUCAGAUUCAAUUUUUAAUCACAUGUUCCGCUAUGAGUCCGCCGCGGAAGCACGCCGCCGUGCUUUGAUGCUGGUGGAUGUUCUGGUGGAGCGGCACAGUGCGGGUCGGCUCAAGAGGCGCUGGGUCUUUGCUGCGGCCUUCGUGACGUUUUGCUAUUUGCACUACAUCUUGCCGGUCUUGGCCUGCUGGGGCUCAAGACGAUGGGAGCAGAGUGUGGACGCCAGCGAGUUUGAAGCGACCGUCGGAGGGCAUAACUCCCACGUCAGUUUUGCAGUGCUCGUGGUCGUCUCCCUUGGAUACCUUUCCAUGCUUCACUGCUCGUCAAGAUUGAUGGAGGCUAGAUUGCCCAUCCAGAGCAGCAUUUUUGAGAUGCUUGUGGUCUACAACAUGACUCAAAUGCUCUUCAAUGCCUUCGUUUGCAGUCAGCUCCUUCGAGAAGCGUACCUGCAAGGCUUCACUAGGCCUUGGGGCAACAUCUUCACAUACACCAAGGAAGGUCACCGACUUGGUUAUUUCAUUUGGCUUCAUUAUCACGGCUGCCAACUGGAGCUCCUGGAUACGCUUUUUGUUGUCAUUCGGAAGAAAUUUCAAAAGAUUACCUUUCUGCAUGUUUGGCUCCGUCUCUUGAACAUGUGGGGCUGGUUCUUUGCAUGUCGCUAUGCCUGCGGUGGCGACACCUACUUUCCCGCCUCUGUCAACUCGGCCACUCGGGCUGUUGUUUAUGCUUUCUAUAGCUGGUCUCUUCUGACGGAACGUGGAGUUCCACUGGUGCAAAAGGCUCACAUCACAGAGCUCCAGAUGUUUCAGUUUGCAAUUUGUGCGUGCCAUGCGUUGUCUUGCAUGUACAACUUCUGGAACAUGCAGAUUCCCAAAAUGGUCUUAGUGAUUUACUUUGUCGUCAUGAUGAACGGGCUUGUGCUCUACACAGAUUUUCACCACCAAGUUGAAGGCAAGAGUGAGGCCAAGGCACAGUCCGUCCGGAAAGUCAGCAUUGCCUUUGAUUCCAGCGGAUGGAUGUAUUGCUAUCACUUUGGGGUCGCUGCUUGGUUGCGGGAGCACAUGGUCCCUGACGACGUGACACCUGAGAAUGUCGAGACCAACUUCCCUCAGAAUCUGAGCUUCAGCGGCUCAAGCGGUGGCGCACUGGUGGCUACUGCUUUGGGCACCGGAUUGAAUGUCAGAGAUGUCUUCGAAAUGGUCGUGGCGAAACAGCCUGAAUGCAAAUACAAUCCUUUUGCAAUGCUUCCUGCAGCGGAAGAUGUGCUGCAAAAGGCUAUGCCAGACAAUGCACACAAAAGCCUUUCUGGUCGGGUUCGUAUUCUGCUGACGCGGGUAUCCUUCAAGUACCCCUUCUUCACAGCGGAAGUGGUCAAUCAAUACAGCACCAAGGAAUCAGUCUUUCAUGCCCUGAGGGCUUCUUGUCAUGUUCCGAUGCUGGGUGGAUUUGGGCCAUACUGCUAUGAUGGGCAUGCUUACUUUGAUGGAAUGUUUUGGCCGCAAGUCCUGGUGCCGUGGAAAGGCACGGAGAGCGACUUGGUGAUCCGUGUCGCGGCACUCUUACGGAACCCCUCAAGCGACAUCAAGGCCCCCUCGGUGCCAACCUGGUGGUCGAUCUUUCCACCGGAGGAGGACACCUUGCGGGGUCUAUACUGGCAAGGCUACAGUGACGCAGCCCAGUUCUGCACCCAGGGUCCUCAGAACCCUUUCGACUGCAUGUCCUGCAGAGCGUCAGCUGCCUCAAAUGGAGGAAUGAGAAGACGCACACCCAUAAAAGGUCGUGCAAAGCCAGAAGCGGAGCUGAAAGAGGAAGAAAGCAAAGGGUCCAAAGAUGACGGCCCAGCUGUGCUGUUUGAAGUGCAAAAGCUCCUUGUGAAAAAACCCGCCGCAGAGCUUCUUCCAGAGGUGGAUCCUUACACAGGAAGAUCGCCAAUGGAAUACAUUUCAAUCAUGGAAGAGACUAUGAGGCGGCAAAAGAGGUGGCUGUACAUUGCGUCAGCGAUGCUUAUAUUUCUGAUUUUGCUAUGGAUCAUCUUCGGCUGGUUCUGA